AUGGCAUCGCAAAAAGACACGUGGAACGGAAAUUUGACAUCAACGUCUGGACAUCCUUGCAAUGAGACAUCGGAACGACAGUCUUUCAAUACGUCGUUCGAAUCUACCCGUUACCGCUGUUACUACGAUCACGAACUUCACCGUCAAGCACCCCCCAACUCCGGGGGUAUACGGGUUUCGCGAGACACACGGCGCAAGGCUGCCUUCCGGACCCGUCCGCCCUUGCCCGUCCGGAGGGUUGUCGAGUCCACGGCGCCCUCGACACGGAACGAAUUGCAAGCCACGUUUGAAAGGACCAUUAGCUGGAAGUACGGGGCUGCCGUUUCGGCUACGGUCACUUUACCACGCAUAUAUUGCAUAACUGUCCCGAUCCACGUAGACGCGUUCUUUUCUAUCGAAUUGAAACCAACCACAACUAUGAUUACCGGCUUAUCCGAAUUGACGGCAUCCCAGAAGGACGAAUUGGUGGCUUCCUUGUCGUACCUGCUGGUAGGCAGUGCGGAAUCGGAUGACGGUGUGACGGCUGACAAGCUCCAAUCCGUAGCUUCCACUGCCGGCAACACACUGAGUCCGGCAUUGGCGACCCUGUUCGCCUCGGUGGUCGGCAAGGCGAAGAAGGGUGUCGACGGAUACUGCACUUCGCCCGGAGGUGGCGGCGGGGGCGGAGCGGCUGCAGGUGGUGACGCCGCCGCGGCGGUCGAAGCUCAACCGGAAGAAAAGGAAGAGGAAGAAGAAAUGGAUAUGGGUGGCGGUAUGGACAUGUUCGGUGGUGACGAAGGAGAAGCGACCACGUCGGUACUAGAUCAAUUCCAAUUGCACCAAACCUUCACCCACCAGGGAGAUACUGGUGUGGGGUUGGAAAAAGGUGUUCGUGCCCUGCCACACGCCGAACCUUUGGUAUACGCAAUCGAUGAGGCCGUUGCUUCCUUCACGGGUCUCGCAACUCUCCCUGUUCCCCUGCUUCCUCCUUUGUGUGAGAGCCGUAAUCCUGGCACCUCGUUUCGUCAUCGUGUUGACGAUGGCUGGCUUGGUAGAUAGAUACUCUAGGUUUUCUGGUGACGAAUGGACUACCUCAAUGGUCAACAUCAAUGGCGAAACCCCCCGCCUCGAACGUUUCUGACUACUCGCUAGCUGCCGUGGCGAACGGAUAGUGUGCUGGAGAAUGCUGGACGGGAAAAAAGUGACCGGCUUUACAGGCGGUUGGAAUUCGGCUGUUGAUACUUCUCUUUGCUGGGCAACGCCAGGAUAACGGCGACCAUGAGUAGCCCUCUGGCAUUGCGAGUACCUCGAUACGAGAUGAUUGGAUCUGCUACCCGCAUCACGGCAAGAGAUUCUUUGGAAAAACUACUUUACGGGAGAGAAAUGGUCGUAGAUUGCACCACAAACGCAAUACUACGGAAUGUCACGGCGUCUCGCGAAUAUCGAGUCGUCGACGGUGACUAUCGCACGUACAUACGCUCGACGAUACACAGCGCAGCAUCGGAUGGCCAACAUUCGAUGCAUUGUAGGUGCCAUGCAAAGGUCGAGAAUCCCAACCGUAGAGGAACACGAACGC